AUGAUUGUCGUAUCACCUGACUUCAAGCGGAUUGUGGCAGCUCGGUUCUUGUCUAAAACGCAACGGCCAGCAAUGGAGCACAAUGCGAAUGAGAAAGCAGCUUGCUGCAACAAGGGGUGUAACGGGCGCGUAGCCGAGGCAGUGAGUAACGAGGUGGCGGCGCUGCUUCGACGCGCGCGCUCCACCAUGGAGGAAUUACGCCCAAAUGUAUCGACUGCAUCAAAAACGUGCAUGCGCAGUGAAAACGAGAAUCUGCAGGCCGAGGAGCAGCGGUGGUUGUGGCGGCGUCUCCGGUACCUGGAAUGGCUGCAUCAAUUUAUACAGCACCAGCAGCAUAUACUCAAUGCAGUUUCACUCAAGCAGGCUGGUGACGGUGACUGUGAACGAGAGUAUGACGCUGCGGCGCAUCGCUCUAUGAACGGAGCGGAGGAUGGGGGCGGGGCGAGCAGCAGCAGUCUUGACUGGACGCCACCUUCCCCCAAGGCGUCUGUGCAGCAGCAUGAUGACUGCAGGGGUGUGUCGCUGCAACCUGACGUUGUGUCUUUCUGUUUUACUGAAGCCACUGCUGCAGCCUCUGGCGAGGACGCUUUCCGCAGUACAAGGAGUGAGGUGCCGGUGAGCAACAUUGCAAGUUGCGCGACUGGGGGAGAAGUGACUGUAGUCCACAUGGAACUUGACCAUUUGCGGCAGGAGGGGCAUCAGGAACAUCAACAAUGCGAUUUACAGAAAUGUGUGCAGGAGGAAGAACAGGAGCAGCAGAAGGAGAGCGUGCAUUGGCGCUCGUUCCGCACGUGGCAUCCGUCGCAGGUUUCAAUUUUAGCAGACAUGCCGCAGCCACACAGCAGCAAAGAAUCCCCCACCCGGCACCUCUUGUGUCUUUCCACUGUUGUACAUGAGAAGCCGCGUGGGAUACGGGCGAAGGAGGCGGCUUUGGAAUUGCAGGGCUGCUACUGCAAAAGCUGCCUCUGUCCAUUACGCAAACGUCAUUUCCCCUUUCCGUCUUGGAAGUCUGCACGCUUCUGUUACUACACCGGCAUGUACUACUGCACCAACUGUCAUUCUGGGAGAACGAGCGCUAUUCCGGCGCGAGCUCUUCACAUGUGGGACUUUCAGCCGCUGCCGGUGUGUAAUGACGCCCUUGACUUUAUGGAGCUGCAACGUGAGCGGCCGCUCUACUGCGUAUCGGCGGUGAACCCGAAGCUGUACCACCGCGUCGUGUUGCUGCAGAUGAUACGAUACUUGCGGUUGCAAGUUAUGGCGCUGCGUGAGGUGGGCGUACAGUGCCGUGUGUUCCGCCACCUUUUCUACAACGAGGACGCGGUGUUGAAACACACAUCUGGAGGCUGCUUGGCUGCCGCUUCCUCCGUUUCGGCCGCCGCUACUACCACCGCCGCCGACGACGAUAGCGUGCUGCACCGUGAGUUUUUCGUGCAGCGCGAUAAGCGGUACCUGAUGGAGGACAGUGAGGUGUGGUCCUUCGCCGAUCUUGAGGACGUGCACCGUUGCCAAUCAGACGCGUCGGACGGCUGUGAUGCGGUCUCCGCGUUUACCGUGCAGGUGGCGUCCUAUAGUCGCCCGAUGGCCGUGACGGUCAGCUGCUGUGACGCGGCGGUGUUCCUCAGGCGGCUGCGGGCGCAGAUGGUCUACCACAUCCUGCGGAGACAAUGUGACGUGUGCCUGCGGAACAGUCUUGACGUCUGCCGUUGGUGUUGCCCGCCUGAUGUGGUGACGGCGUUCCAACAGGGGCGAGAUCAAGGGCAAAAGCAGCAGCAGCAACAGCAACAGGAACGGCAGCAAGAGAGGGAAGAUGAUAACUCGUCUCCGUUGUCUUCUGCGUCUUUUUCACGACGUGCGUUUCAAAGUGUGUGGACAAACGCCCCUGGAGCAUCGCAUCUCUUUACAGUGUACUCCUUCGAUCUCUUGCACGUUCGCAGUUGCCCCAGGUGCGGGGCGUGCUACCAUAAGCGGUGUUUCUACAAGUUACAGCGAGAGAUGUUAGGCGUCACGGGAUGUUUGCGUUGCUACAAAGGCAGUGAUGCAGUGCGUGUGGUGUGUUCUUCUCGUUGCCCCCCGUGUGGCACAUACGACAGCAGCAGCAGCUCCUUUGGUGAAGAUCGGUCAUAG